UCAACAUGCGUAGUAGGCGGCCGGAGGGGUACGUAACGGCCAAGUGACAGCGGCGCGGGUCAUCCAGCCACAACGACGCCGCAGUCUGCUGAACGCCAGGUCGAAGGUUUCCUGACAGUCAGAGAGAAGGAAACACCGCUGAGUGACUUGAGAGUGUCCGGUUUUCUCACUCAGAGGGAUUGCGAUGCCCUCUGACUUAAUCACCCUUUUCAGCAAGGACCUCGAUCUGAGUCCUCCCAAAUCCUUCUUCUCUAAAGAAUCUGCGUAUGACCUUCUUGCCAGAGAGCUACAGCUGCCUUCCUUCACUCAGCAGAGCCUGAAAGCCAUGAGUCAAAAGAGCGGCGGAGAGGCAGGGCCCCCCCCUUCAGCUGCUUUACCAUCAGAUGCCAUGUCCUCUAUGACCAUGGAAGGCCCCCGCAGUGCUUUUCCCACCUCGUCCACCACAACCAUGCGUUCCAGUUCUUCAGCCAGUGACCCGGUCCACUGCGGCACUGUUGACCCGGAGGAUGCCAGGAGCAGCCGAGUGGUUCCUGAGGUCAUGGGGGCAGAAGGUGGCACUGGUAACAGCAGGAGUAGCAGUGAGCCAAGAGGAGUAAGAGGCGUAGCAUCCCAGGAGGCCCAGCCGCAUCAUCAGAUGACCCCAUCCAAGCGCCGCACUGUACUGAACAUCUCUCCACCUCCACAAGACCUGCUGGACGACAGCCGGAUGUCUUGCCAGAAUGAAACGUCCCUGGAUUCCGAGCAGAGUAACAGCAUCUGGAUGGAAGACUCUCUCUCCAACUUCAGCAUCGUAAGCGCUGUCUCCUAUAAUGACAACACUGAGGUGCCACGGAAGUCCCGCAAACGUACGCCUCGUCAGAGGCCUGGCCCCAAGUCUGCAGGACGCGGGGAAUCCAGCAUGGACGUGUUUGACGCAGACAGUGCCAAAGGUCCACACUUUGUACUUUCACAACUAGGCCCUGACAACAAGACUGGAUCCAAAGGAAGCAGCUCUAAUGAUCCUCAGACAACAAACCAGAAAGGAGGAUCACUUUCGAGGCAAUACCCUCAAAGAAGUGAGGGGAAGGAAGUGAGGAUCCUCGUCCAGCCAGAGACUCAGCACAGAGCUCGCUAUCUGACCGAAGGCAGCAGAGGCUCGGUGAAGGACCGCACUCAACAGGGCUUUCCCACAAUAAAGCUGGAGGGAGUGAAUGAGCCGGUGGUCGUGCAGGUGUUUGUGGGCAACGACACUGGACGUGUCAAGCCUCAUGGUUUUUAUCAAGCUUGCAGGGUGACUGGUCGCAACACCACAGCCUGCAAAGAGGUGGACAUUGAUGGCACAACUGUCAUCGAGGUGUCCCUUGAUCCAAGCACCAACAUGACACUAGCGCUGGACUGUGUUGGGAUCUUAAAGCUCCGUAACGCUGAUGUCGAGGCUCGUAUUGGUGUGGCAGGAUCGAAGAAGAAGAGCACUCGCGCUCGGCUGGUGUUUCGGGUCAACAUUCCCCGCCCGGAUGGAUCAGUUCUCACACUACAGACUCCCUCCCAUCCAAUCCUGUGUACUCAGCCUGCAGGAGUUCCUGAAAUCCUGAAGAAGUCACUACAUAGUUGUUCAGUGAGAGGCGGAGAGGAGGUCUUUAUCAUUGGAAAAAACUUUCUGAAAGACACCAAAGUAAUUUUUCAGGAGAGUGUCUCUGAUGAGAACUCGUGGAAGGCAGAGGCUGAGAUUGACAUGGAGCUGUUUCACCAGAAUCACGUGAUAGUGAAGGUGCCUCCGUACCAGAACCAAUCCAUCUCCUCUUCAGUGUGUGUGGGGAUCUAUGUGGUGACCAAUGCGGGGAGAUCCCAUGAUGUUCAGCCCUUUACCUACACUCCAGAUUCAGCUAAGAAUGAUGUUCCUGUGAAGAAAGAGGUGCCUUCUCCAGUGAAGACUUGUUCAGUUGAUGAACAAAUUGAAGAUGGUGACUUGAUGCCUUCGAUGUUGCGUUUAGUGAAAAGCGAACAUGUCACUCCGAUGGAGGUAACCAGCAACCUCCAAUCUUCUGCUGUAUUCAAGCAGACUAGUGACCUGUGCCCAACCCAGCAGAACCCAGACAUGGCUGCAGGCAACCUAAAUAAAAACAGACCAUUCUCCAACAAUCUGUCUCAGCCUGCAGGCGAACCUGACCAAAGCCAGGCUCCUGUUUUUCCCAACACAGAGCCCUUAGGCACUAUUCAGAAGCAGGACAUUGCAGCCACCGGCUCCUACUCUGUGCCCGUCGAAUCUCUGCUCCAGCCGGGAUCACGUCAGUUCCUCCUGGAGCCCAUAGAGGGUCUCGGACAGGACAGGCCCGGCGGCGGCUCUGGCGCUGUGGGGGGUUUGUGUGGAGAACCUGCACCUCAACAGCAGCAACUGCCUCUGUUCCCCCCAGACGAAGUAGCCCAGCUGGAGGAAGCAGUGAGGCAGCUGAAAGCCAAAGGGUUCUGUAACUUACCGCUUCAGUCUGACAACUCAAUGGCCAAACACCAGCAGCAACACCUUCAACACCAACAGCAUAUCCAAAAACAGCAAAUUCAGCAGCAACAAAUGCAGCAACAACAGCUUCAGCAGCAGCAGGUUUUGGAGACUUUGCAGCAGCAGCUGUUUGAGUCACAGAUUCAGAUGCAGUGUGGCAUGUUUCAGGACGCUCCUCAGGCCAAGAACGCAGAGCAGCAGGGACCCUCACAGGGGGUGGUGCAAAACCAGGGCACACCUUUUCAACAGGCCCAACAACAACAACAACAGCAACAGCAGCAGCAGCAACAACAACAGCAGCAGCAGCAGCAGCAGCAACAACAACAAGCGUCUCUUUUUCAGCAGGCCAGUGAUUUGCUCUCGAUUCAGACCAACUUUCUCCAGCAGACCCCAGCACACCCUUCACCACCCAUGUUCCACAACCCCAGCUCCUUGGCUGAAACACAAGAUCCACAGGGAACAUUAUUCCAGAAAGCCUCUCAGGAGCAGGUCCAGGCCGCUCUCUUCCAAAACACCAUGACAGUACUACAGUCUCCGGACCAACAGCCAUCAACCCCUGGACUUUUCCUCCCUCAGACAUCCCUGUCUUCUCAGCUCGCAACCAGUAGUGCUCAACAACAGCAGCAGCAGCAGCAGCAGCAGCAACAGAUGGCCUUUCUCAAUGCUCUACAAGCGCCCGCCCCUGAACCCCAAUCAGUGUUUCAGGCCCAGCUCCCCCCUCUCCCACAGAGAAGCCCUAUGGAGCAGCAACAGCCUUCCCAGCCUCAGCCCCACGCACAGCCGGCCCUGCAGUCCUCCCUGUUUCAGAACAUGCCCCCACAUCCGUCUGCAAACACCCUUUCGGCAGGCCAGCAGCAGCAGCAGGCCGGCCUGCUGUUCUGCAACAACCCUCUGUCCGCUCCGGAGCAGGCCUCCAGCCUGCUGUUCGGCAGCCAGGGUCAGAUGCCACCGCUGACCAGCAGCAGCUUAGUUUGCCAAGAGCCUCCAAACCCCGCUCUGCUCUUCUCCCAGGCAGGCAUGGUGACAGUAGACCAGCAGGAUCGCUCCGAGCCCAUGGCCUUGGGAAACCCCGCCGAUCCACGGCAGCGAUUUCAGGAGCAGCAGCCGAUGCAGCUGGGCAGCAGCUCAGGCAACCGGCAGGAGCAACCAGUGGGCCUCUACAUGCCUCAGCCGAACAUGGCCUCUCUGCAGGGGGCACUAGCUACUCAGGAGCUCGCGCAGUCAGCCAUGUUCACAUCGCAGAACGGCGUGGCCAACCUCCAAACGACCAGCGCCUCCCCCGUUCAACAGCCGGGGGCUCUGUUUCAGACGUCUGUGAGCGGGAGCGUCAAUCAGCCCAGCCAGCCUCAACAACCUGGCCUCUUCCUUUUUGGGAUUCAGAACGAAUGUGACCACCUGAUGAACACGCCGGGAAACACGCUGUCGGAUCAGAUUAUAGCCAUUAGCCAGUCUGGUCACAACCAAAGAGAGAGCGAAGCGCACAUCCAGUCUCUGCUCAACCAGUCCCUGUCUCAAACUGGGCCCGUGCCGAACAGCAUGACUGCCUCUCAGAACAUGGAGAAGAUGGAUGACCUGCUGGUCAGCUUGCAGGAGACCGGCGGCAACUUAACUCGUUCAUACUAACCUCGUUGUUUGAUUUUUAUAUGUAGAACGAUUGUGAAAUGUAGAGAAAAAUAGACAAAACACUACUACAAACAGUAAAAUAGUUCAUGAAUCAUGAAGUUUGAGACAAAUCUGAACUCUUUAUUUUUUAGCCCUAACAUAUUCCAAAGAUGUAUCAAUGCUGACCUUGUUGCCACAGAUAGAAGACACAAUCGUCUUGUGGUUAUCCUCCAGGGAGGCAUACGUGACAUCGCUUAUCUCAUUGUCAAGGAUGAAUUGGAAUUUAAUUAAUUAAUUAAUAUGCAGAGAAAGAUUUUCUUGGCUCAGUGGGCUGGCCGAGAAGAGAGAGCAUCGCGUAUUGCCUCCAUUGUGACACCUGCAGAAUUAGAGGGACUUCAGGCAACAGGAAAAAUUGUCAUUACCAAAAAAAAAACACACAAUUUGUUUCCUCCAGAAGCAAAGUAACUCAGUGGUCUCGUCAUUGGUUUGACUUGUGAAGUUUAGUGUGUAUCUGCAGCUGGAGUGUCAGAGACCUGAUCUGUAGUGACUUUAGGUUCUUCUGCUGUUUUUUCCAAAGUGUCCUGUGGUUCCUAUGAUUAUUUCCCUUUUAAUACUGUAUUUUUGUUGCACAGAAGGAGUGUGCAGUACAGCAGCAAGAUUUAGACUGACUUUUGUGGUCUGCUUAAAUACAGCAAUGAUGUGGAAGGUAGUUGAAAUAUUGUUAUGCCACAGUGCAAAAAGUGUAUUGAAUGAAGGGUUAGAAGAAAGUGGAACAGUGUGUUACAUUUGAUAUGUAGAUUACAUAUGGAUUGUUUAAAUGUUAUAGCAAGUAGCUUACACCGAAUAAUAUUAAUAUAUUGACUCAAGCUGUCUCUGGUAGGCGACAACGUAACUUUGGUGUUCAUUGAUAGGAAGAAGCUGUGCUCCGUAGGCGUAUGAAUGAAGCAAUGAUGCUGGGAUAAAUUAGAUCUAGUCUUGUCUAGACCUGUCCGGUGCUGUAAUACCUGUAAAGAACAUUUGAAGUUUGGCCGACAGCUGUCAGUGUGGUACAUUUAACCUGUAUUCACCCAAACCAAACUCUGUUUGCUACUUUAAAGAGCAGAUUCUCCUUGUAAUACAUUACAAAGUCAUUUAAGAGUGUGACAGUAGAAAUGUGAAAAAUAGAAACAAAUAUUGGCUUUGAUUUUUACAUGUAUGUUCAGCCCUUUACGAUGCUGUUCUUUGUGACCACUUGACUCACCGAGGGUACAGUACAGUCCCACAAGUUGGUGGGUUUCUGUUGGCCGCCUCUUCCACUCUGUUCACAGUGAAGGAGAUACAUUUUGAAACAUGCUGUUACAUCUUACUACCGUUCAUCCCAAAACGUAUUAGUCAAAACCAGUGAAAAUGUGGAUUAAUUACUUAUCUGUUUUAUAAUUUCAGUUGACAUCUAACUUUUAAUAAAACACUUCUAAAGCAGAGAGAGUAGAAUAUAAAAUAAUAUUUUAUUCAUAUGCAGCAGCAUAUUAUAAAAGAACCUUUUGAACCAGUUUCAUUCAUGUGAUGGAUUUAGAGAAUGUAGAGCAGAAACAAACUGUACAUCAUACCUCUCAUCAGGGUCACGGUAUUUACAUGCAGGAACCCGUUUCAUAUGUUUUCUUGUAAACGCAGUCAUCUGGAGUCGGCCUGUGGCCUCAGGACCAAAAUUUCACCCAAAUCUUGCUUUUGCAGUCCUGAUGACAGGCCAGUUUUAUGGCUUGUGAGCUUUUACUUUCUUUUUCUUUCUGAUGCAAAACAUAGACGUUGAUGGUUUCAUUAUCAGUCACGAUGUCCUGCUGCCACACUUUUCUUUCUGUUUGCUGUUGUGUGGUUUUAGAACAAAACCACAUGUUUGUUUAGUGUCACUGUAAGUGUUUGCAUGAACGAGGGGCCGGUAUCAGAUGAUGAAUUAUUUUGGUUCAAUGCCUGAGUUGUUGUCUUGUUUUCUAUAUUCAGAUUGCUAGAAACACAUACGCACGUUACAAGUCACAAGCUAAACUGCUGUUUAAUGAUGGAGAUCUAAACUUGACUAAUGUGAUUUGAGGAACUACAGCGUAGGAGUUUGAACGGUUACUCUUUAAAAGGACACAAAUCCUGAAGGAAACCUGUCGUUGGAGAGCUAUCUGUGAUCGGCUUUCUUCAACUUGUGAAAUAGAAGAACUAAGAUUUUCAUGUUUUGAGAAUCAAUGAUGUUAUUUCUUUUUGUUUGGUUUGGAUGUUUUUGUUUAUUUUAAUCGGUGUAGUACCAGUCUCUUGGAGAGUCAUAUCUAAUUUAUAUUGGUGUUCUUUUUUUAUCUGAAUUGUUUUCCUUUGUUAGUUGUGUUGAGAUAGUUUCUGCAUUGAUAACCUCAAUGUUAUUCUGCCUCCUGCAACUGCUGUUUCUGUAACUUCCUCCUUGGGAAAAUGGUGGUGAUGCAGUUAAAUGAGACUGUAGACUAUGAUUUACAUGUACAUUACUGUGCACUGUUAUCUUUUGGAGAUUUUUUAAUAAUACACACCUUAAUGUACUUGAACCCCUGGCCUUCUUUAUUCAUUCUUGACUAAAUGGUCACAGGUUUUAAUCCCUCAAAACCAGGCCUACAAAUUUCAGUAUUUUUACAAUAAUAAACUGACUGUGGACUCAG